CCGCCCGGAGAGCCGCCGGCGGCUGCCGGAGAGGCCCCUCCUUCGCGUCCUCCUCCUUUCCCUCGCUGGCAGCCGAGCGCAGCCGCCGACCCUGCUGGGCCUGCGACCCUCCCCGGCCAUGGCCGGCAACGUGAAAAAGAGCUCAGGCGCGGGGGGCGGCGGCGGCUCUGGGGGCUCGGGCGCGGGCGGCCUGAUUGGACUCAUGAAGGACGCCUUCCAGCCGCACCACCACCACCACCACCUCAGCCCGCACCCGCCCGGGACCGUGGACAAGAAGAUGGUGGAGAAGUGCUGGAAGCUCAUGGACAAGGUGGUGCGGUUAUGUCAGAAUCCAAAGCUGGCGCUAAAGAAUAGUCCACCUUAUAUUUUAGACCUGCUGCCCGACACCUACCAGCAUCUUCGUACUAUCUUGUCAAGAUAUGAGGGGAAGAUGGAGACGCUUGGAGAAAACGAGUAUUUUAGGGUAUUCAUGGAAAAUUUGAUGAAGAAAACUAAACAGACCAUAAGCCUUUUUAAGGAGGGUAAAGAAAGAAUGUAUGAAGAGAAUUCUCAGCCUAGGCGAAACCUCACCAAGCUGUCCCUGAUCUUUAGCCACAUGCUGGCAGAGCUGAAAGGCAUCUUUCCAAGUGGACUCUUUCAAGGAGACACAUUUAGGAUCACUAAAGCAGAUGCUGCAGAAUUUUGGAGAAAAGCCUUUGGAGAAAAAACUAUAGUCCCUUGGAAGAGCUUUCGACAGGCCCUACAUGAAGUGCAUCCGAUCAGUUCUGGGCUGGAGGCCAUGGCUCUGAAAUCUACCAUUGAUCUGACCUGUAAUGAUUAUAUUUCCGUUUUUGAAUUUGACAUCUUUACACGGCUUUUUCAGCCCUGGUCGUCUUUGCUCAGGAAUUGGAACAGCCUUGCUGUAACACAUCCUGGUUACAUGGCCUUUCUGACAUAUGACGAAGUGAAAGCUCGGCUCCAGAAAUUCAUUCACAAACCUGGCAGCUACAUCUUCAGGCUAAGCUGUACUCGUCUGGGCCAAUGGGCUAUUGGGUAUGUUACUGCUGAUGGGAACAUUCUGCAGACAAUCCCUCACAAUAAACCUCUAUUCCAAGCACUGAUUGAUGGCUUCAGGGAAGGCUUUUAUUUAUUUCCUGAUGGACGAAAUCAGAAUCCUGACCUGACAGGCCUCUGCGAACCAACUCCCCAAGAUCACAUCAAAGUGACCCAGGAGCAAUAUGAGUUGUAUUGUGAGAUGGGCUCCACAUUCCAGCUGUGUAAAAUAUGUGCUGAAAAUGAUAAGGAUGUAAAGAUUGAGCCCUGUGGACAUCUCAUGUGCACGUCUUGCCUGACAUCCUGGCAGGAAUCAGAAGGUCAGGGUUGUCCUUUCUGCCGAUGUGAAAUCAAAGGCACAGAGCCCAUUGUGGUAGAUCCAUUUGACCCUCGAGGAAGUGGCAGCCUAUUGAGGCAAGGAGCAGAAGGCGCCCCCUCCCCAAAUUAUGACGACGAGGAUGAUGAGCGAGCUGAUGAUUCCCUAUUCAUGAUGAAGGAGUUGGCUGGUGCCAAGGUGGAACGACCCCCUUCUCCAUUCUCAAUGGCCCCACAAGCUUCCCUUCCUCCAGUACCACCUCGGCUUGACCUUCUGCAACAGCGUGUGUCUGUUCCUCCAAGUGCUUCUGGUCUAGGAACUGCCCCUAAGGCUGCUUCUGCCUCCCUUCAUAAAGACAAACCGUUGCCAAUACCACCUACGCUUCGAGAUCUUCCACCUCCACCCCCUCCAGAACGGCCAUAUGCUAUUGGAGCAGAAACCCGACCUCAGAGACGCCCCCUGCCUUGUACACCAGGCGAUUGUCCAUCCAGAGACAAAUUGCCCCCUGUACCCUCUAGCCGCCUGGGAGACUCAUGGUUGCCCCGGCCAAUCCCCAAAGUACCAGUAGUUACUCCAAGCUCCAGUGACCCCUGGACUGGAAGAGAAUUAACCAAUCGGCACUCACUUCCAUUUUCAUUGCUCUCACAAACGGAGCCGAGAGCAGAUGUGGCUAGGCUUGGAAGCACAUUCAGUCUGGAUACCUCUAUGAAUAUGAGUAACAGUCCAUUAGCAGGUCCAGAGUGCGAGCACCCCAAAAUCAAACCUUCUUCAUCUGCCGGUGCCAUUUAUUCUCUGGCUGCCAGACCCCUUCCAGUGCCAAAACUGCCACCUGGAGAGCCGGGUGAGAGUGAGGAGGACACAGAAUACAUGACUCCCUCUUCUAGGCCAAUAGGGCUUCAAAAGCCAGAGUUGAAACGACCUUCAGAGACAGCCCAGAGUUCAUGCGCGGGUGAUUGUGACCAGCAGAUUGAUAGUUGUACAUAUGAAGCAAUGUAUAAUAUUCAGUCCCAGACACCAGCUGUCACAGAGAACAGCACCUUUGGUGAAGGCAGCUUAGCUGCAGCUCUCACAAACACUGGCCCUGAGGAAUCAGAAAAUGAUGAUGAUGGCUAUGAUGUCCCUAAGCCUCCAGUCCCAGCUGUCCUAGCCCGCCGAACUCUCUCUGAUAUCUCCAAUGCCAGCUCUUCCUUUGGCUGGUUGUCUCUGGAUGGUGAUCCCUCAACAAAUUUCACUGAUGGUUCUCAAGUUCCUGAACGGCCCCCGAAACCAUUCCCUCGGAGAAUCAACUCUGAACGGAAAGCGGGUAGCUGUCAGCAAGGUGGUGGUGCUGCCAGGGCCACCCCUGCUGCAACCCCAUCACCACAGCUCUCCAGUGAGAUUGAGAACCUCAUGAGCCAGGGCUACUCCUACCAGGACAUUCAGAAAGCUUUGGUCAUUGCUCACAACAACAUCGAGAUGGCCAAAAACAUCCUCCGAGAGUUCGUUACUAUUUCAUCCCCUGCUCACGUGGCCACCUAGCACAUUCCUCCCAGCCACAGCUGUGAGGAUCCAAGAGUGGGGCUCUUGAGGAGCACCUUGGAGGGCACAGGCUCCUCUGGGGACUUCACGGUGAGGUCCUGCCCUCUCUGUGAGUAUUAUACCAUGGUCCCAAGAUUUCAAAGCAGUGGAAUGAAAAUGGAGCAGCUCGUGUGUUUUGUUAUUGUAUUGUUCUUGAAGGAGUCCUUCAGUCCCUGCUUGGAGACAGUAUGGAUUUUUAUUACAUGGUAGCCUUGCUGGGGAACUGUCCAGAAAGCAGUAGAAUAAGUAUUGUGCUGUAAACCCUAAUUGAGGACUUAAGACUUUCCUUGGUUAAGGUUGUGUUCAUGUCUGUCUGUGUUUGUGUGUCCUGUGAUAAGAUUAUCCUGCUGUGUGUGUUAAUCCCAAGUGGGGAAUUAACACAAGAGGUUCAGGAAGGAAUCUUUUAAAGACUUCCAUCUACUGUGGUAUUCCACCCGACCCAAGUGUGUAUUACAACUUGAGCACUCCUCUUUGGCUUAGAUUGUCAUGUGCAUAGCUAAAGUCUUGUAUUUUUUAGAACACUGUGUUCUUUACCCUCUCGGACACCCUCAGUAUUCUGUCAUUGGCAGUGGGCUUGCUGUGACCAGCCUUCCCGAAGCCACGCCCUUAUGGGAUGUUCUAUAUUAUGUGUGAUGGUAUUGGUUUGUUUGGUAGAGAUAGGUAAGAGAGAAAGUACUGUUGCUGUGUCAUUGUGGUCAUGUUUGAUACUAGCAGCUAAUACUGGUCACUCCAAAGUGUUGUUUCUAAUGGAACAUUGAAUUUGUUGAAAUAAGAUAAUAGAAUUAUCCUAAUUAUAUAAUGACUGAUUUGAGAUAGAGGCCUUCAAAUACAUUCCAUGUCCUCCACAGUAAUUGCUCUGUGGGAGUCUGUUGCCUUGAUGCCAGGCAAGUGGUCUGGUAUAGGUCAUGAGUCUUUCUACUUAACGGAAGAGAUGAACAUGUUUCCAGGAUGACUUUCUGGCCCAAACACCAUGAAGCUUUUAGGAAAUUUCAUUUGUAUGCUAUUUAGAUGCACAGAAUAGACAGGAUUAUGUGUUCAGCUCUUCUUUCCAGUUAAUCAGUUUCAGCUUGUAUGGGUAUCUCAUUUUGAACAUGAGCCAGAUAAGAUUUUCAGAAAUGACUUUAUUUGUCCUUUAAAGAAUGGGUUUGUCACAUGGUAGCACAGCAUUUUGCUGAUUAUUAGCACCUUUUCUAUAUUGGUGCUGCCCAGUGACUUGGUUUUCUCUUGUGCCUAGGGCUUGGGGAAUGGAAUGUCACUUUCCUCCAUUUCUUGCCCCUUUCUCAUCCCUUAUGUUCCAUGUACACUGGUUUUUGCUCAUCGAAAUAAAUUACUCUAGUCCAAGACAA